AUGCAUCCCUCGCGUAUGGCGUACGUGGAGGAGCCAGAACCAGAGGUAAGCCGACCCCUCCAGAAAUCCCCCAUGUCCACACCCCAAGCUCCGAAACGGUAUUCAUAUGAUCGCAGAGGUGUCUCCGCGUGCGCACGUAGGAAACCUGCAGCUGAUGGAUCUGGUGACAACUUUCAGGACACCGGGAUUGAUCUUACCAAUGUGCCCCUUGACAAUGACUAUGAUAUGCCCUCGGCAGGGCCGGGCCUGGCCCCCGAGCGCGCAUCGGCGUUUCAGUCGCAGAUUGAUCGGAGGAAGAAGGCGGCUGCUAUUGCGGUGCCGACAGACGACAAAAGGGUGAGAGAGCGGCUACGACAGCUGGGGGAGCCCGUCACGGAGUUUGGAGAGGGGCCUGGGGAUCGUAGGGAUAGAUUGAGGGAGCUGCUGGCAGAUUUGGCUAGGGAAGAUGGGGGACAAGAUGGCGAGGGCGAUUCGAAGAUGGUGGAUGCGGGCGACGAGGACGACGAUGCGCCUGACGAGGAAUUUUAUACCAAGGGGAUUCCGGAGUUGGUGGUGGCGCGGAAGGCUAUUGCGAGAUACUCUUUGCCGAGGGCGAGGAGUAGACUGGCGAGUCAGAAGGCCGAAUCUACGAUUCCGUUGCGGACACACGUCAAGUUUAGGAAGGAGAUCAAGGCGAAGCUCGAAAAGUUCGAACUUCAGGGCAGUCAGACAGCGGGGGAUCGACCAGUUAGCAUCACGCGGUUUGCGCCGAAUGGGGAGAUCAUUGCUGCUGGAAAUUGGGGAGGCGGAAUCAAGUUGCUGAACGUUCCGGACUUGAAUGAGAUCAAGACGCUAAGAGGGCAUACGGAUCGAAUCGGUGGCAUUUCUUGGUUUCCUGAUGCGACAUUACCUGGUACAACGGUCUCGGAGAACUCUAUCAAUCUUGCCUCGGGUGGUGCAGAAGGCAAAGUCCAUCUCUGGUCAAUGACUCAGGACACUCCCAUCUCAACACUCGAAGGUCACAAUCAGCGAGUGUGCCGAGUAGAAUUUCAUCCCUCUGGGAAAUUUCUAGCGUCAGCAUCGGAGGAUACGACAUGGCGACUCUGGGACGUGGAGACUACAACGGAACUGUUACUUCAAGAAGGCCACUCUAGAGGUGUUUUCGCUAUCGCGUUCAACACUGAUGGUUCUCUCCUAGCUAGUGCCGGUACAGACAGUAUAGGCCGCAUUUGGGAUCUACGAACAGGACGAACAGUCAUGAUCCUGGAAGGUCACAUCAAACCAAUCUACGCACUAGACUGGGGCGUUGACGGCCACCGCGUUCUCUCCGGCUCUGAAGACGGCUGGAUUAAAUGCUGGGAUGUCCGAAAGGUACAGCCAUCCGGCGGAAUCGGUGCUCACAAAAUGGUCUCGGACCUGAGAUGGUUCAAAGGAAACGACGAUCCUGCUCGAGGUUUCAUUCCCCAGCUAGAUGAACAAGGGACUCAAAUACCCAAGAAGUCCGGCACGUUCGUUGUAUCUAGUGGUUUCGACAAGACGGUCAAGAUCUUCUCGGCGGAUGACUGGUCGCAGGUGCAGAGCUUGACUGGGCAUACUGGUAACAUUCACAGCGUAGAUGUUACGAGAGAUGCGAAAUGGAUCGUUAGUGGUGGGUAUGAUCGGACGGUCAAGCUCUGGGGACGUAACGAUGGCGAAGGUAUUUGA